CAGAAAAGGUCAUUUCUUGCAAAAAAAUAGAUGGCUUAACAGUACAAGGCCUCAAUGAAGCCAGUGGCAUUAACCUGCCAGGAGCUUACUCGCAUUCCAGCCAAGAGAGGCCAAAUCCCUAGACCAGAAACAGCACGAAAUUGGCCCCACCUCUUACCCAUUGCAAAUCAUCUAAUGCCUUAUAGAGAAGAUGUUGAAGUUGGACUGCUCAUAGGAGCCAACUGUGCACGUGCCAUCAAACCGACAGAGGUGAUACCUGGAAGGCAAGAUGAUCCCUACGCAAAGAAGACUGCACUAGGAUGGGGUGUCAUCGGUGUCGUUAAUCCAACCAAGAUUGAAGAAGAUGACAACCACUGUUCUUGUCACCGCAUCGCGUCCCUAGAAGUUCGUCCCAGCAAUGGAAAAAGAAUGUGUCAUUUCGCUCUCAAGACUCAGGCAAAGGAAGUAUUCACACCUGCGCAAUUGAUCAAAACAUUGGAGCGUAAUUUCAAUGAAACGUCAAGAGAAGAACAACCUGUAUCGUUCCUGGAUAGAAAAUUCCUUAACGUCUUGGAGUCUAACAUCCGACACCGAGACGAUGGCCACUACGAAGUUCCCUUGCCACUGAAAGAAGAAGGGUUAAAGUUACCCAACAAUCUCACACUGGCGUUAAGUCGCCUCGGAAGGCUCAAACAAAGGCUGAAGAGAGACAGAAAGUAUCGAGAACACUACGAAGCCUUCAUGAAGGAGAUGAUUGAUAAGGGACAGGCUGAGAGAGUUCCCGACGAGGAACUACACCUCUCUAACGGUCGCGUUUGGUACAUACCGCAUCACGGUGUCUACCACCCCCAGAAACCAGACAAGAUCCGAGUCGUCUUCGACGCCAGUGCAGAGUACAAGGGAGAGUCGCUUAACAGACACCUUUUACAGGGUCCUGAUCUGACCAACAGUCUUAACGGAGUCCUCUGCCGCUUUCGUAAAGAACCCAUCGCUUUCACCUGUGACGUAGAAGGAAUGUUUCAUCAAGUGUACGUCAAUCCCGACUAUCGAAAUCUCCUCAGAUUUCUCUGGUGGAAUGAUGGAAAUAUAGACAGCAAACCGACCGAGUUCAGAAUGACAGUUCAUCUGUUUGGCGCUACGUCAUCCCCAGGGUGUGCGAAUUUCACACUGAAAAGAACUGCAGACGACUUUGAGGAGUUGUUUGGAAGCGAGCCAGCCAAAUUUGUCAAAGAUGAUUUCUACGUGGAUGACGGACUGAAAUCAGUUUCAACAGCCAUUCAAGCCUCAGCCCUAAUAAGGAAUACAAAGAGUUUGCUUGCCAAAGGAGGCUUCAACCUCCACAAGUUCAUAUCUAACAGCAAGGAAGUGAUUGAAACCAUUCCCAAAGAGCAACGAGCAAGCGGUAUCAAGGAGCUAGAUUUCAGCAGGGAUAUUCUCCCUAUUGAAGGAGCCUUAGGAGUGCAGUGGUGUGUGCAGUCAGAUGCCCUCCAAUUCCGCGUGGUACUCAAGGACAAACCAUUGACUAGAAGAGGGAUUCUUGCCUCCAUCAGUUCGAUCUACGACCCUCUGGGCCUGGCAGCUCCCUUUCUGCUUAAAGGAAAACAGAUCCUUCAAGAUCUUUGUAAGACUCAAGCUGCUUGGGACGAGACGGUGCCUGAUGACAUUCGAGCAAAAUGGGAAAAAUGGAGAGGAGAGUUGCACGAAUUAGCUGAGUUAAAGAUCCGUCGUUGCUACAAACCAGACAACUUUGGUGAAGUCAAGUUAGUCGAGUUACACAGUUUCUCUGAUGCGAGCAUAAAUGGCUAUGGACAGUGUUCAUAUCUAAGGAUGGUCAACAAUCGGGAUGAAGUGCAUUGUUCGUUGGUAAUGGCAAAAUCGACAGUUACCCAACUAAGCUAUGAAGACAUCCACGAGUUCUUCUGGACCGACAGUAAAGUUAUCCUCGGCUACAUUUCAAAUGAAGCAAGGCGCUUUCAUACAUUUGUCGCUAACCGAGUGCAAGCAAUGCGAGAUCAUGCAUCCCCUGAUCAGUGGCACUACGUUGAUACCAAAGAGAACCCAGCCGACGACGCCUCACGAGGUCUUGGAGCUAAAGAACUGAUAACAAGCAACAAAUGGUGGAACGGACCGAACUUCCUGUGGAGACCACUGCCAGAUAAGCCCCACUUUGAUCCUCAAGUAUCUCCAGAUGACCCCGAGGUUAGGAAGGUUACAGUACUGGCAACUAAAUCCAUUGAACACCCAACCCUAUUGGACCGCAUUGAGUACUUCUCAGACUGGUACCGCGCGAAAAGAGCAAUUGCUGUCUGCCUGUUGUUCAUACACAGAAUGAAACUUCACGUAAAGAAAGAUCGAGACAACUCCGUCAGUGACAAAGGCAACCCACUGCACGAAGACAACAAACGAAAACGGCAAGAUCAGUCCUCCAAGUUUGUUACGCCAAGGGUAAAGGAUCUCCAGAGAGCCGAGCUGUUGCUGAUCAAAGCUAUACAGUACAAGGAGUUCCCAAGAGAAAUCGAAGCCUUAGCGAACAAGUCACACAAAGGUGAAAUAAACGCUAAGUCAGUAAAGAGGACAAGCCCUGUACAUCGCCUCAAACCAGUCCUAGAUGACAACGGUGUUCUAAGAGUUGGAGGACGACUUCCUCAAGCCGACCUAUCAUAUGCUCAUCAACGUUCGGGACAUCAAGGAAGACCAAGAACGCAUGCCGAAAUCCGCUCAUCUGGCUUCUGGAUCGUAAACGGCACUUCAUUGGUUGGUCAACACAUAUCUAAAUGUGUUACUUGUCGGAAGCUGAGAGCAGCGCCCCAGCAGCAGAUGAUGGCUGAACUUCCCACAGACAGACUCGAACAAGUCCCUCCAUUCACCUUCAGCGCCGUCGAUUAUUUUGGUCCAUUUUAUAUAAGAGAAGGGCAUAAAGAGAUGAAACGAUACGGAGUGUUGUUCACCUGCAUGGCCUCACGUGCCAUCCAUCUGGAGAUAGCAACUUUGUUAACAACUGAUUCAUUCUUGAACGCCUACCGUCGCUUCGUUUGUCGUCGCGGACCCAUUCAGCAACUAAGAUCAGACCAGGGUACCAAUUUCGUAGGCGCAAAGAAUGAAAUGCAAGCAGCCCUCAAUGAGAUGAAUCAUGAGAAGAUCCAAAGAGAGCUAUUAAAGGAUAAUUGCGAUUGGUUCGCAUGGAAGAUGAAUGUUCCACACGCUAGUCAUAUGGGUGGCGUGUGGGAAAGACAAAUUAGGACAGUACGAAGCGUAUUAACUGGACUACUGCAAAGCCAUGGAAGUCAAUUGGACGACGAAUCCCUGAGGACCCUCAUGAUUGAAGCAGAGGCUAUUGUCAACAGCCGUCCCCUUACCACAGAUGAUCUGUCAGAUCCAGAUUCACUUGAUGUCCUAACACCAAAUCAUCUUCUAACGAUGAAGAGCUCAGUUAUCCUUGCACCGCCCGGAAAUUUCCAAGGAGCCGAUGUGUACUCAAGGAAACGUUGGCGUCGGGUACAACAACUUGCUAACGAAUUCUGGCAGCGUUGGAGAAAGAGCUAUCUGCAAACUCUUCAGACCAGACAGAAAUGGACCACACCUCAGAAGAACCUCGAAGAAGGAGAUAUCGUGAUCCUAAAAGAUGAAAGUGUUCCCAGAAAUUCCUGGAAGCUUGCCCGUGUAGAGGUUACUUACCCGGAUGCAGACGGUUACGUACGAAAGGUAAAGGUGGCAGCAGCAGAUCAAUCCCAAAGGUCCAGGGUAUCCCAUUUUGAAAGACCAAUCCACGGGUUGAUUCUACUUAUGUCACGCAAGGAGCAGAAGGACCGGGGAUUCCCAGCCGAGGAGCCAGCCGAGGAGCCAUGAAAUCAGAUGAGAAUUGCUGAUGAGCAGUGUCGUGUCGUUAGAGACAAUGAUUGAACAUUGACUUUGGAACAUUUUACCUGAUUACUGAUUGUUUUGUUGUUGUUCUUUUUAUUGUUGAUUAAGUAAAUUGUCUCAAUUUAGGGGAGCCAUGUAACUGAUUAACACGUAAUAGGUAACCUGCAUGAUUGCGUAACUUCCGUUGUCAAGCUAAGCAAUAAAAGGUACAAGAAAGAUAGACACGUGCGAUAGGAUAUA